CCCCCCGAGGACGCACGACCAGAGGACGCUCGGCCAAGCACCCCCGCGCCUAGCACGACCCGCGCCGCGAGCUCCAACACGAGUGCAACCUUCUGCUGCACCGCACCAGUGUCUGUUCUGCCUGCUGACACCUCAAGAUUGACAUCAGCGCAGUGAAGGAGCCUGCAUCUGGGAGAGCUCGACUGUUGUCGCGGAAUCUCGACAUUUCCUCGUCCGAUCGUGAAUGUAAACAAAGCGUCAAAGGGUGUUGCCGUGCUGUCCGAUGACGGUGGGCAAGGGGCCGCCCCGUCGGGGCCGUCGGAGCCCCUGGGGCCCUUCAGUCCCGCCAUGAUGUGAGCCCGCCUGUCAUGAACCGGUCGUCCGGCGAGGGGACGGUGCUCGGCCAAGGGCUGGCCCACGGGCUCGGCACCUGGCCGCUGCUCUCCUCCUGGGCCGCCGAGGACCUGCAGGACGACUGGGGUGCGCAGGACGCCGUCACUCAGCAGGUCAACGCCAGCCCCGUGGUGACGGACCUGCAGCAUGACGGCCUGCUGGAGCUGGGCCCCGGCGCGCCCUGGAGCGACGCGGACCUGUACCCCGGCGACGCGGCCCUGGACACGCCGCUGCUGCGCAUCGCCCUGGUGCUCCUGUACGCCCUGCUCGCGGCCACCGGCUUCACGUCCAACGUGCUGGUGUGCUGCGUGGUGGCGCGCCAGAGCAUGCGCAAGACCACCGCCGGCAAGAUGAUCCCCCGGCACCUGUACAUCGCCAACCUGGCGGUGGCCGACGUGCUCAUCUGCUUGCUGGCGCUGCCGGGCACGCUGUGGUGGCUGCUGCAGGGCUGGGCCGCCUCCCCCGCGGUGCCCGUGGUGGCGUCCGACGGCGUGCCCCAGCUCGACGGCGUGGUGGACGUGGACGGCGUGCCGCGCUGCGUGUCGCAGUGGCCGGCGCCCGCGCCCGCGUGGCGCCUGUCGUACGCGUGCGUGCGCGCCGUGCUGCACUUCCUGCUGCCCGCGCUGUCGCUGUGCGUGGUGCACACGCGCAUCUCCGCCUACCUGCACUCCAGGCCCAUGCAGUGGCGCCGGCGGCGCAGCCGACGCACGGCGCUCGUCCUGGGCACCGUGGCGGCCGUCUUCACCUUCAGCUGGCUGCCGCUGACCGCCUUCCAGCUGCUGGUGACGAACCCGGGCCAGCACCGCGUCAUGUUCGCGUGCUGCCACCUGCUGGCCAUGAGCUCGACGCUGUCCAACCCACUGCUGUACGGCUGGCUCAACUCGCACUUCCGGCGCGAGAUCCGCGCCAUGCUGCCGUGCUGCUGCGCGCCGAGGAAGGAGCGCCACUCGCGGACCGUGUGCAAAGCGUGCCGCGCGAGGCAGGAGCGCGCGCUGGCCAAGGAGCUGGAGGUUCUUCUAAUGUAG